ACUGAGCAUUCUUUCAAGCAGAGAUCAAAAGCUUAUCAAUAUCAGUUGUCCCUUAAAACGUUCAUCUGCCACGACCUCCACAUUUAAUGCCUUAACUGCACACAUCAACAGAUAAUCCUGACCACUUUCUUAUUCGACUCCUCAACUGGACUAGAGGACGCCAUAGACCAGCAAAAACUGAGGACUUUACUUUUAGCAAAACCCCCUAAGAAUAGCUUUUUGAUGGACUUCUUGUCAGUACUAAGCUUCGUACAACAUGUGUGAAUUACAAAAAUGACGUAACAAAAGUCUUAGAGAUCUUAAUAACGUCAAGAGUAGAGAAGAGACUACUCUGGAAAUUAAGCUGUGAAUUCCUUGAAGGAAGUGGCAUUGCUUUUAUCAAGACGCUGAAACAAUUCAGAAAACCAGAGGUUGUUGAGUGUUGUCAAGAUUUGUGAUAGACCUGACGUGGUUUUGCUGAGUGAUAACCCUUUGACUCAUUACAGAACGGUUGAAAAAGUUGUUUAGAGAAGUGAGAGGCUUGUACUAUCAAGAAAGAUAUCGUACGCACGAGAGCUGAGCAAGAAAGACUGCGAUUUCAAGACCUGCCCAAACUCGUCUGUUUUUAGCCGCACACGAGAUAGAAAGCCAAUUCCUAGCCGAACAGAAAACGUUAAAGAACGAAAGAAGAUACGAAAUACUUUAACAUAAUUUGGAGAACAAUCUCUGGUCAUUCGUAUCAACAAACCAAACCUGCUGUAUCUCAAGAAGGAGCCACUUCGCUUGCAAAACGACAUGCAUCAACCCUAUCACUGGCCCGAGUGCAGAUUUGAAAGUGAGCAAGAACGAGCGUUCAGAAUGGCAGGGAUGUUUGGUAGACUUCCACCAUAUCCAAUGAAUGGCCUCAACUAUCCUUCGCCAAACUUUGACUAUUUCACCGCAGAAGCGCAUGGCCAGAUGUUUGGGCCACCAAGAAAACAACGCAGAGAAAGAACUACCUUCACAAAGAAUCAACUUGAGAUUCUCGAGGAACUUUUCGCUAAAACUCGAUACCCGGAUAUCUUUAUGAGGGAAGAGGUUGCUAUCAAGAUUAAUUUGCCUGAAUCAAGAGUACAGGUCUGGUUCAAGAACCGCAGGGCAAAACUGCGUCAAUUGAAUAAAGGGCAAUCUAAAUCAUCUCCAAAACCAACAAAAAGGAAAACCCCAUCACCAGAACCACAACACAGUAAAACCCCAUCUCCACCCGUCACCAAUCACUACCCUAACAGUAACCCAUGGCAACAACAAGCAGUAGACAUGAGAAUGCCAAUGCCUCGAUCAAAUUACCAGCCACCAAACAUGAUGAAUGGAAUGAUGGGUAACGUAAUGAAUGGAGCAUGCGCAGUAGGUGGAUCUGCCCCGAGGUUCAUUCCUCCUCACCCACCACCGUCAGCAUACCACCAUCCUCCACAGGACUAUCCUUAUAUGGGCAAUAAUAAUGGUGUGUCAGUAAACAACAACAUGGUGGGAAAUCCCAAUGGGCCUCCCAAUUAUUAUUCAUCUGCUAUGUUAUAAAUGAAAUACAUAUAUAUAAAUAAAUAUACAUAUAUAUAGAUAGAUAGAUAAAAACUCAUUCAUAUGUAUAUAUUAUCGUAUAAAUCAAGUUACGAGAAAAUGAUUUGUGGUUUUCAAACUUGUUUGAUUGUUGAAUUCAAAUUGUAAGUACUAGUGCAUGUUGGUCUAUCUCUGCUAUUCUCGUUGAGUCAAUAAGUUUCUAUAGUUGCCAAAAUAUAAUCCGUUUUGAAAAUACAGCUAUUUCAAACAAAGUUGGUGAAGGUUUUGCUGCAUCUUGCAUACCAAGCUCGAAAUGCAUGUUUUUCUGGUAUAUUUUCUUCUAUGCUGACAUUAUUUGCAUAUAAAUAUAAUACAUUUCAAGCUUAAUUCUCGACUUUCACAUCCCCAUAAUGCCUUGCGUUUUGGGGGGGGGGGGGUAA